ACUUUUAAACUGCAGUAGAUGAAGGUCAGAGUAUGGGGCAAGGUUCCUCAUCUCAUUCCAUGGAUGGCAUGUACAGUGCAUUGUGGGAGCCCAGCCAAGGACUGGUCCAGUUCAGUGGGGUAACGUAUGUGGAUGGCCAGCUCGCUACUUACUACGACAGCCAGACGAGGCGGGCCCAGCCUCGCAUCUCAUGGAUGAAGAAUGUGGAGAAGUACUAUCCUCAGUUCUGGGAUAUAAACACUUGGAGAUUUCAGAGCAGCGAGCAGAGGUUCAGAAGGGACCUGCAGAAUCUGCAAAAACACUACAACCAGACCAGAGACCCUCCAACGGUGAAAGUUACUCUCAUGGCAGGUCAUGAUGGGCUGGAAACUCUCAUCUGCCAGGCCUACGGCGUCUACCCCAAGGAGAUCGACACCACCUGGAGGAAGGACAGGGAGGUCUUGGAGCAGGAGACUUUCCGCAGGGAUGUGGCACCCAACUCAGACAGGACGUACUACGCCUGGCUCAGCAUCCAGAUAGACCCUGAGGACAAGGACCACUACUGGUGCCACGUGGAGCAUGAUGGUCUUCUGGAGCCUCUAGACAUGGCUUUCAGGGAGCCUGCCUUAAAGAGAUCCCAUCUGAGGAGCAUCUUCGGGGCUGUGGCUGCUCUCCUGAUAGUGCCGGUAGUGUUAUUGGGGAUCAUUGUGUACAUCAGGAAGUAUAAACUGUGA